AUGGCUACAAAAGUUCGUCCAGUUCCUCCUCCUAAGCCUGCGCGAUUGUCUAUGAGUUCACAAAAGAGGAUCUCCGAAAUAAGUAGUUCUACGAGGUCGUCAACAAUAACUGUAACUGAUAUACCUUUAAGCGAAUCCCCUCCACCAGAACUAUCCGAAGAAUCAUUUAAUAUUGACGAUAGAACUCCCCGCGCUUCCGAAAUUUUCUUACCUUCACCAGAGGGUCGUCAAGCUAGGGCUUUGUACGACUUUGUGGGUGAAGUCUCUUAUAACGAAUUAUCGUUUAAAGCAGGAGAUACUAUUUGUAUAUUAAAAGAACAGCUCUCUGAAGGAUGGUCCUUAGCUGAAAAGGAUGGUAUAACAGGACUAGUUCCAGAAUCAUAUAUUACAUACACGACAGAAUUCACCGAAGUUUUGAAUUCUGAAGUAUUAUCGAGUUCAUUAUCAAGUCAUUCAGAUCGUGAUUCGAUAAAUAUAGGUGGAAAUAAUCAUCAUUCAAAGAACGAAUCCAUAACUGGAUCGAUUUAUGGUUCAUUAAGUGGAUAUG